CGCUUCUACGUGUCAGAUUCUGUAUCUACCUAGUAGCUCACGAUAAUUCAUAAUAGUCAGAGGAACCUAGAUAAUAGCUGCCCAUUAUCGACUCCUACAAGUAUACUUUGAUAGUAAUACUUGGCACUUCCGGUACUGAUAGCGAAUAUCAAUAGAUUUCUGUUACUGAUCUUCACUCAUUUGAAUCAAAUCCAUUACAAAUUUGGUCAAUUGUUGCGAUCUCCUCUUUUUCAAUUCCAAUUUCAUCACUAAUUACAUUUUUUCAAAAUGGCUUUAGAUACUUUGGACUUCGCCGUCAUCUUGGUGCUCACUGUGGCCAUACUAGCGUACAUAGUCAAAACAAACUUCUUCUCCGAGCCAAAGAGCACUGGUUUCCUUUCGGCUGACGCUCUUGCUGGCAACAACUUGUUGGACGUAAUCAAGAAAAACAACAAGAAUGCAGUCAUUUUCUAUGGGUCUCAGACUGGUACUGCUGAAGACUAUGCCUCCAAGUUGUCGAAGGAAUUGUCUGCCAGAUUCGGCUUGAAGACCAUGACAGUGGACUUCUCCGAUUAUGACCUCACCAACUUCGACAGCAUUAGCGAAGAUACUCUCUGUUUCUUCCUCAUGGCUACCUACGGUGAAGGUGAACCAACCGAUAAUGCUAAUGAAUUCUGUGAAUGGCUUGAAAACGACGCUGACACUUUGUCCACCUUGAAGUUCACUGUCUUUGGCUUGGGUAACUCGACUUACGAACUCUACAAUGCUGUUGGUAAGAAGCUCGACCAGCAGUUCGAAGAAAAGGGUGCUGAGAGAUUUGCUGACUACGGCGAAGGUGACGAUGGUAAAGGCACUUUGGACGAAGACUUUUUGACCUGGAAGGAUAACUUGUUUGAAUCGUUGAAAAACAACUUGAACUUGGAAGAGCACGAAUUGACUUACGAGCCGGGCUUGAGAUUGGAAGAAAGUGACUUCUUGACCCUCGCCGAUGACAAUGUUUCCCACGGCGAACCUGACAAGACCUACAUUACCGGUUCAGGUGAUUUGUCCAAAGGACCUUUUGACCACUCUCACCCUUACUUAUCUCCUAUCAAAUACACCAAGGAAUUGUUCAACUCGAAGGAUAGAUCUUGUGUCCAUUUAGAGUUUGACCUUUCUGGUUCCAACUUGAGGUACUCUACUGGUGAUCAUGUGGCUAUCUGGCCAUCCAAUUCCAACGAGAACAUUCUUACUUUUGCUAAAGCCUUUGGUUUGGAAGACAAACUUGACACUGUGUUCGAAUUGGUAGCUUUGGAUUUGACUAUUUCCAUCCCUUUCCCCACUCCUAUCUCGUACGGUGCUGUUCUCAGACAUCAUUUGGAAAUCACUGGUCCUGUUUCAAGACAGUUUUUGCUUUCAAUUGCUGGUUUUGCUCCUGACGCUUCUUCUAAGAAGGAAGUUGCUAGAAUUGGUAAUGAUAAGAAGGCCUUUGCAGAAGAAAUUACCCACAAGAGCUUAAACAUUGCUGAUGCCUUGUUGGUUAUUUCUGACGGAAAGCCAUGGUCGUCUGUUCCUUUUGAGUUCAUCAUUGAAUCGAUUUCCCACUUGCAGCCUCGUUACUACUCCAUCUCGUCUUCUUCUUUGACGGAAAAGACUACAAUUAAUGUUACUGCUGUCGUUGAAGCUGAAAAGGUCGGAUCUCAAUUGGUCACUGGUGUAGUCACAAAUUUGUUGAAGAAUAUUGAAAUUGAACAAAAUAAGACUGGAGAAAAGCCAGUGGUUACGUACGACUUGAGCGGCCCCAGAGGCAAGUUCUCCAAGUUCAAGCUUCCAAUUCACGUCAGAAAGUCCACCUUCAAGUUGCCUACUAAUCCUUCCACUCCCGUCAUUUUGGUUGGUCCUGGUACUGGUGUGGCCCCUUUGAGAGGUUUUGUAAGAGAAAGAGUUAACCAAAAGCAAAACGGUACGUCUGUAGGUGAAACCGUGUUGUUCUAUGGCUGCAGAAGACUGGACGAAGAUUUCUUGUACAAGGAUGAAUGGCCCCAAUACGCAAAGACUUUGGGAUCCAGCUUUGAAAUCCACACUGCAUUCUCAAGAGAAACUGAAAAGAAGGUCUACGUGCAACAUAAGAUCUUGGAACAGUCUUCGAAGAUCAACAAAUUGUUGGAAAGCGGAGCCUUUAUCUACGUCUGUGGUGAUGCUUCCCGUAUGGCCAGAGACGUUCAAGCUAGUUUCGCUAAGAUCUUGUCCCAAGAAAGAGGUAUCUCCGAAGAAAAGGCAGGUGAUUUGCUCAGGUCAUACAAGACCCAAAACAGAUAUCAAGAAGAUGUCUGGUAAGCUAGUAGAAAUAAGAAAAGAAGAAAGCGAAAUACAUUGCUAGAGAGAUUAAAGAUGCGGUUCUGUAGUAUUGCUUUUGCUUCUCUGUUUGUACAUUGCAACACAGUAUUAUAACUGCCAAAAGGCUACCUCUAUAUAUUUAUACAAUGCAAUAAUAUACGCUGUCCAAGGCAAUUGGUGCUAC